AUGGGUGAUUCAUCGCAGCCCCCUGAGCUGGUCAUUGUGUUCCCUUCAGGAGAUUCUUGGGGGAUCUUUGCCUUCCUUUGCGCCGCACUCUGGAACCUGCCCACGAUCCCUGCCCUGAACAGCACAGACGAGGUGGGUGCCAGCCAGUCCAUCCAGAAGACCUAUGACCUCACCAGGUAUCUGGAACACCAGCUGCGCACGCUCGCCGGCACCUAUCUGAAUUACCUUGGCCCCCCUUUCAAUGAGCCAGACUUCAACCCUCCCCGGAUGACAAGGGCCGAGAUGGUGCCCAGUGCCACUGUGGACUUUGAGUUGUGGCGUAACCUGAAUGACAAUGCCCGGCUGGCAGCCAAUUACCGGGCCUACACGCACCUGCUAUGCUACCUGCGCAGCAUGGACGGGCAGGUGGCCAAGGCCGAGCUGCGCAAGAACCUGGGCCGCUUCUGCACCAGCCUGCAGGGCCUUGUGGUGAGCAUUGCCAGCGUCAUGUCCUCGCUGGGCUACCCGCUGCCCAGCCCGCUGGGCAGUGCCAACCCCACCUGGGCCCAGGGGCCGGGCGCCACUAGCACCCACAAUGACUUCCUCAAGAAGAUGGACGACUUCUGGUUGCUCAAGGAGCUGCAGACCUGGCUGUGGCGCUCCACCAAGGACUUCAACCGCCUGAAGAAGAAGGUGCCGCCUGCUGCCCUCAUGCUGCGCCUCGAGGCGCGGGGUUUCUGACCCCUGACCCCCCCCACCUCACAUCCCAUCACCAUGCUGUGCCUCAAGGUGCAGGCCAUCUGCCCACUCCCACCCUACUCGUCAUGCUGUGCCUCGAGAUAAGGGGCUUCUGACUUCCACCUCCCACCAGAUCUUCCACACCCUCAAACCCAGGCUCCACUGUACCUCCCACCCCUUACCCCUCUCCCUCCCUUCCAUGGUUUCCAGCCUCCUCCCCAUCCGUGAUGCCAUGCAGCACGUCCCCAUCCUUCUCCCUCCCUCUCUGCGCCCUCCCUGCCCCCGCUUUUUCUUUAUUCUCCAGCAAGGGACCUAUUUGUUUUCCAAAACAGGGAAAUGACCCUCAUUCUCCCAAUACAGCCCAGAGUAGCACUAAGCCCCACCUCCAGAUCUUGACAGCAAUAAGCCCCUCCCAUUUCAUCCAGAGCUGCAAUAAGCCCCAUCCCCAGAUCUGGACAGCAAUAAGCUCCUUCCCUUUCACCCAGAGCAACAAUAAGCCCCACCACCACGUGCUCUUGGCAGCAGCCAGCACUGUCUAUUUACCAUGGGCAGCCCUAAGCCUUGUCUGGCUUUGUCUCUUGCUGCAUCAUACUCUGUACCUCUAGUUUGAUCCAAUUCUUCCUCUGCAUCCCCCUCCCCUGCUGCAAUCCCCCACCCCUCCUCUCAUGCACAGAGACCUGGACUCAUCCAGCCUUUCCUCCGGUUCAGAGCCCCUGACACUGUCUUGCAGCCUGGCCUCCAUGUCUCCUUGGGUGCUUCCAGUUCUGCCCUCCAUGCAUCACUUCCCUCAUGGCUGAGGUGAGCAAUGCCAUCAGCGCCAGCCCUCCGGUCCCACCUAUGAAUGAGGCAAUCUCACCCCAUGACACUGCAGCAUCAUAGGGCAAGAGGGACUAGAAAUAGGAAGGAUCAGGGUGUGAAACAGGAAAGUCUGGAGAUCCAAAACAGAAAGGGGGAGGGGGAAUGAAACAGAAAAAAUUGGGGUCCAAAACAGAAAGGGGUAGGAUUUGGAAUGGAAAAGGUUGGGGUCCAAACCAGGAAGGGGCAGGGUUUGGAAGAGGAAAGGUUGGGGUUCAAACCAGGAAGGGGCGGGGUUUGGAGGAGGAAAGGUUGGGGUCCAAACCAGGAAGGGGCGGGAUUUGGAAGAGGAAAGGUUGGGGUCCAAAAUAGGGGCAGGGCUUGAAAGCAGACCUCCAGCAUUUCUCCAAUUACAAUGCUGCUGCAUCUUUUGGCCCCACCUCCUGACAAAACACCCAUGAGGGCCAGGAAAGCAGGGGAGCUAAACCAGGAAGGGGUGGGGCAAUAUCCCUCCGCCCUUUCGUGCCAUGACACAUGGAGAAUUUCCUUAAAGUUUACAUUGUUGCCGACGUAGCAUUUGGGCAGUUGUGGGGGCUCUUUACCUGGCAUAGGCCCUGCUGCCCAGCCCCAUGCUUCAGGUGUGGGAUCAGGGUUAAGGGCCUGUGACCCCACCCUUCUUCCCCCCCCCCCCACAUUCCCCCUAUCGGGUUGUGUUUUUCUUGGUUUGUCUAUAUUAAUAUUUAUUUAUUUGGAAAUGUUAUUUAUU